AUGGCACAACGGUUACGAGCAGAUCCUGGCGUUCUGAGAGAAAUCCCCCCUCCAGGAAGCGUGACACCAUUGCCAAAGGACGGAGAGAAAAACAUCCUGAUUACUUCGGCCUUGCCUUAUUGCAAUAACGUUCCUCAUCUUGGAAACAUCAUCGGGAGCACGCUAAGCGCGGAUGUAUUUAGUCGAUAUAGCCGCACUCGCAACCAGAGAACCCUCUAUGUCUGUGGUACAGACGAAUACGGCACUGCGACCGAGACUCAGGCCUUGAAAGAGGGCAUCACUCCUCGAGAACUCUGCGACAAAUACUAUGUCCUUCACAAAGCUACCUACGAGUGGUUUGACAUCGGAUUCGACCACUUCGGGCGGACCUCGACUCCUUACCACACCGAUAUCUCUCAAGAGAUCUUCUUGAACCUGGGUAAAAACGGUUUCCUCGAGAAGCAGGAGAAAGAGCAGGUUUACUGCGAGGGAUGUCCCAAGUACGUUUACUAUACCUCUUGCUACGGCUCAUUUGCGAACGUUGCUCUCGACAGGUUCUUGGCCGACCGAUAUGUAGAAGGUGUCUGUCCCCAUUGUGGUUAUGAAGACGCCCGAGGUGAUCAGUGCGAUGGCUGCAGCAGAACCCUGGACGCCGUCGAACUCAUUAAACCUCGGUGCCUUGUUGACAAGACCCACAAAGUCACCACCAAGCUCUCUUCGCACAUGUAUCUGAAGCUCAACGAGAUCCAACCCAAGACUGAGGAGUGGAUCAAGUCGUCGUGGAAGAAGGGUAAAUGGUCCCCGAACGCCGUUAUCAACGGCGAUGGAGAAAUCAUUGAUGCUCGACUGAAAAUGGGUCUCCUUCCUACUCCUCUUACUCGGGAUUUGAAGUGGGGUGUUCCCGUUCCCAUUGAAGGCGAAGAUGUUCAUGGGAUGAAAGAUAAGGUUCUUUAUGUCUGGUUCGACGCACCUAUUGGGUACCCCAGUAUAACGGCCAACCUUACGCCCGAAUGGAAACAAUGGUGGCUUAACCCCGAGAACGUCGACCUUUACCAAUUCAUGGGCAAGGACAAUGUUUACUUCCACACUGUCUAUUGGCCUUCUGUCCAGAUUGGAGACGGUCGUAACUGGACCAAACUACACCACCUUUCUACCACCGAGUACCUCAACUACGAAGGAGGCAAGUUCUCCAAGAGCAAGAACCGUGGUGUGUUCGGACCUGCUGCCAAGGACACUGGAAUUCCAGCCUCUGUCUGGCGAUACUAUUUGCUGUCCACUAGACCCGAGACGGCGGAUGCCAUGUUCUCUUGGAGUGACUGUGUCGCUGCCAACAACAACGUUCUCCUGAACAACUUUGGCAACUUCGUGAACCGUGCCCUCAAAUUCAUUUCCUCUCAAUACGGUGGUGUCAUCCCCGACUCGGAAGACGCACCUGGCCCUUACUCCCCCAACGAUGAGGUCGACGGUGAAUUCUUCACCCACGUAAACUCGCUGCUCAAGGACUACAUCGACGCCAUGGAUGCUGUCAAAUUACGCCUGGGUUUGCAGACAGUCAUGCUCAUCUCCGCUCAAGGCAACAACUACCUCCAGUCCUCCGGUCUCAACAAGGCUCUUAUGACUUCGAAACCCAAACGCUGCGCUCAAGUCGUUUCCCGAGCUGCCAACCUCAUCUACCUCCUCUCCGUCCUCAUCCACCCCUUCAUGCCCGCCACGGGUGCUGCCAUCGAGAGGCAGCUCAACGCACCCCCAAGAGCUGUCCCCGACGUGUUCUCCAACGAUAUCCUCGCGGGUCACACUAUCGGCACACCCGAGCAUCUGUUCAAGAAGAUCGAAGAGAGCAAGAUUGAGGAAUGGCGUGCUAAAUUCGGCGGUAACGAGUCACAGAAACCCGAAACCCAUAAUGACCCCUUGAAGAACGCGCCUGGAUCCAAGAAGAAGGGAGCGAGCAAGAAGGCGCCUGCUGUUCCUGCUUAUACCGGACCUAAAUCUGACGUUGCCCUCGACCUUGAGGCAAAGAUUACUGAGCAGGGCAAUGUCGUUAGAGGGUUGAAGGCGCAGAUGCCCAAGACGCCCGAGCUGGACCAGAAGAUUAAAGAGAAUGUGGAGUUGUUGAAGAAGUUGAAGGCUGAUUUGGAAGCUGAAUUACAGCGACUUGCUUCAGCUACCGCCGCGAAUUAGAAUUAGAUGACUGGGGAUCGUGGAGGGUUUUACGGAGAAGUCCAUGCAAAGGUGUACUAUUGUACUAAAUUAUAUAUUGUACCAAUAGGAUGGGGAUAUGGUUUCAUACUG